AUUGGCAUUACGAAUUUGGUGAGCGCCACAUUCACUCCUUCCGAAAAUCAGGGAAUCUAGUGCUAUUAAAUUCAUCUAGUCAUUAAUUUUCAGUGAAUGCUCGGGCGGGGAAACAGUUUACCCGUUUCUCCAUGAAGCCCGUCCCGCUGAUUGCUGUGAUUCUGUUUCUGGUAGCUGUGGGGAGUACGCAACCCCUCGCUGAUCUGAACCAGAUCCUGCCAGUGAAUGAGUGUGCCAAUAAGGAAUCCAGCUUAGUUUACGAAGAGAAAGGUGAUGUUACCGUUGCUGUUCUUUUGGAUCUGACACAGGGUCCGCUAUGCAUUCAAAAAAAUGCCGCCUCGAUGCAAAGCAUGAAUGGAAUUUUGCAGACUUUCCAAACUCUCAAUUCUAUUCAAUAUCUGAAAGGACUAAAAAUUGGUAUCCGAAUAUUUGAUACUUGCGGUCAAGAGAGUAUAGCGCUGCAAGCUGUCCUGCAAACGGCUCUUGAGGCAAAUUUAACUCACGGCCUCCCAUGCAGAGUUGGCGUUCACUUAGGUUUCCUAUUCCCAAUUCGCUCCUAUCCAGCUGCGGCACAACUUCUGAAUGUGCUAAAUCUCCCGGCUACUGAUAUAUCAUUUUGGCAAACAACUUCUCCGCUGGACGCUGUAUCAGAUCUCCUCAUUCGACUGAGGUGGUCUUCGAUUGCAGUGAUCAGUCAGUCUAAACCGGCGUUGCUGACUUUCUCAAAGAAAGCUAGCGAACGCAGUAUCUGUAUUGUGGCGCAGACUGUUCUAUCCCCCAUUAACAGUAGGACUAAAGAAAUGACAGUUCGCGCCGUACGGCGAUCAAAGCGGUCCGGAUCAAAAGUCUAUCUUUUAAUUGGCUCCAGUGAGUUUUUGUUGGCAGUUCUUCCGCACUUUCAAGCGAACAGUACGAAUACUAAUUCGUCAAAAUACGUUCUCGUUGCUGCUGAUAACUGGAAUUCCAACUUCACCGAAGAAGUGGCACAGAGCGUCCAAGAAGCUCUAAUUAUUCGUCCCCAAAGAGUGCUAACUGACGAUAACGUCUCCGCUCGUGUCUUGUAUUCCCUGAUCAAGCAAUUCAAGAAUCACCUGUCGAGCACCUGCCGAGGCAAAUUCAAAUCAUGCGACCUUGAACCUCAUCAUUUGAUAAAGACAACAGCGCUCGCAGAGGAAGAUUUACGGAUUCUCAAACUUUCCACUGAUAUCAGUAUAUACAACGAACUGUUUCCUGUCAGUUAUGUGUCCACGAAGAACCCCAAAGGAUCGCAGACAAUCGUUGAUAUUGGCAACAUUCACGAAGACAAAUUUAUUCCCACUGGAAACAUAAAUGUUGGUCGAGAAGAGAUCACAGAGUGCACUGAUUGUCUCUGCACUAAUGUCGAUACAUCACCAAGUUUCAUCUUCCAACUUCGCGACGAGUUACACAUAAUCGUCGUCGGCUCAGUUUCCGUAUUAGGCAUCUUACUGACUCUGACUGGCCUGAUGUUUAUCAUUUAUAUUCAGUGUUGCUCCAGCCAUGAAGACCGAUCUGGCAACUUUAUUUUUUUGCUUCUCCUGGCCGUCUUGAUUCUCUAUUUUGUCAGUUUCCUUUACCUUUUAGUACCAAGCAGCAUCUUGUGCUUAAGUCGUGUUAUAGCGUUAAGUGGAUCUUACACCUUUUUCCUUGCCGCAAUUUUUUCGACUGCGGCUACUAGUCUGGUGGGUAAUCGGCCGGAUGACAAGACUGCUCGAUUAUGCAUUCAGAUGCUUCUAUUUGUCCUGGCAAUCAGCGUCCAGGCCCCCGUUUUAACUUACGAAACGCUUUUCCGCGACGACUCUUUACAAAUCAACAAAAUUCUCACCGACUACGGCCCGAAAACUGAGUGCACUCUCGACGAUUUACUUUCGCUCAAGCUUUUCUUAUACCCCACUAUAUUACUUGGGAUUGUGAGUUUAGGAAGCAUUAUCGUCAUCUACCAUCAUUGGCACGUUUCAGCUAUCAAAAUCAACCUCAGUGUAUCCUCGUUGGUAUGUUUAUCGAUCAACGUUACGUGGGUUGUUUUAUACUUCCAGCUUGGAAAGGAAUGGCGAGACAUUGUCAUCCUAUCAGGAAUUCAAGGAAACGCAUUCGUCAUACUAUUUGGAGUGGUUCUGCCAAAAAUCGUUAUGGGUUUACAAAAUAUUAAUCAUUCUUAUCCCACGAAAGCCUGGCAAGUUACUGAAAACACUAGCGACCCGGACGAUCAGGAAAGCUCAGAACGGACACCGCCUCCUCCUCGUCCACAUCAACAGCACAUUUAUGCUAUUCCCAGCGAAUAUGAUCGCCGAUCAACGGAGUCAGAUUACAAUAAUCGUAAUACUGCCAUGUAAAGAAAUAGGCGGAGAGAUUUAUCUUGAUUUAUUAUUAUGUAAUUUAAUUUAUAAUUUAAAAGCUAAAUAGAAAGAUUUUAUGGUAUACAGACCGCAAUCUACUUUCUGCAAGAAAAUAAAAGCCGAUAUCAAUUGCA